AGUCCGACUGGAGCGGCACGCGCGCUCGACGCUGUGAGGGACGCGUGUUCUUUCUUCCGUUAAUGUGGACACGCGGAUGGAUUUAUCCUCGUUCCUCUUAGUUUGACAAAUGGCCGCGCGCAGGACCGGGCAAUGAAUACCACCACCGGCUGGGCUCUGGUGGGAGCCGGCGGCCGGGAGGAGUUACCGGCGCACCGAGCCCUGACCGGCUGCGUCCUGGCGCUGCUCAUCGUCUGGACGCUCUUCGGCAACAUGACGGUGUGCGCCGCCGUCUGUCACUUCCGGCACCUGCGCGUCAAAGUGACCAACAUCUUCAUCGUGUCCCUGGCUCUGUCGGACCUCCUGGUCGCCGUGCUGGUGAUGCCGUGGAAAGCCGCGGCCGAGGUGGCCGGCUUCUGGCCGUUCGGCGGCUUCUGCAAGACCUGGCUGGCCUGCGACAUCAUGUGCUCCACGGCCUCCAUCCUCAACCUGUGCGUCAUCAGCGUGGACCGGUACUGGGCCAUCUCCAGCCCGUUCCUCUACGAGAGGAGUAUGAACAAGAAGGUGGCCUCUGUGAUGAUCGGCGUGACCUGGACGGUCUCCGUGGUCAUCUCCUUCGUGCCCGUGCAGCUGAACUGGCACCGCGCGGACGCGUUGGAUCCGGCCGUGCAGGACGCGGCGCCUCGCGGCGGAAGCGUUCACGGACGCUGUGACUCCAGCUUGAGCCGCACGUACGCCAUCUCUUCCUCCCUCAUCAGCUUCUACAUCCCCGUGGCUGUCAUGAUCGUCACGUACACGCGCAUCUACCGGAUAGCUCAGAUGCAGAUCCGCAUGAUAUCCUCCCUGGAGCGGGCGGCGGAGCACGCGCAGAGUUGCCGCUCGGGCGUACCUGAGCGGUGUCUUCACCUGUGCACGGAAAUGGGCUCAAACUCAUAUCAGUCGCACAUCGGUCUUCAUCCCGACUCUCAGCGCCCCGGUGAGGACCACCGGGAGCUCAAAGUCUCCAUCAGAAAGGAGACAAAGGUCCUCAAAACGCUGAGCAUCAUCAUGGGUGUGUUUGUGUGCUGCUGGUUGCCAUUCUUCGUCCUGAACUGCGCUCUGCCCUUCUGUCCCGGGUCAAAGGCCCCGGGGGCCCGCCGGGGCCCCUACUGCGUCAGCGAGGAAACGUUCGACGUCUUCGUGUGGAUCGGCUGGAGCAACUCGUCCCUCAACCCGGUCAUCUACGCGUUCAACGCGGACUUCAGAGACGCCUUCCUGCGCCUGUUGCGCUGCCGCGGACGCGGCUGCUGGACAGCGGUGAGCUCCGCGGUGGGCACGGCGAUGACGAGCAACGAGGCCGGGCGUCCGAGACGGGAGAGCCCGCGGAAGCUGGACGCCUCCUGCGCCACGACUUUCAGGGGGAGCGAGGACAGCGGAAACACUCCGGUGACGGUGCUGUUCCACAUGGGCACGGCGGCGGAGCCGGGGACCGACACCGAGGAGAGCCACGACCAGGACGGACUGACGCAGAUCCCGAUAUAAGUGGCACCACUUGUGAAACACGCAGGGAGCCCCACUUGGAUUACAGGGUAGGAAAUAAGAAGCACUGAAGCUAGAUUGAGUCCAGAGGUCAGCGGUGUGAACAAAAAGCUCCACUUUAUAGAUUACACCAUAAUAACACCCAUCAUCCCUAUUUUCACCAUAAGCAAAACGAUGUUUUCACCAGUCUGUCUUCUGGGAUACUGUCUGUGGGUUUUAUAGAUUAUUCAUGUUCACAUUUUACCUAGCAAACAUGUGGCAGU